AUGGCGCACCACCCUCCUUCAUCCUUAGGUACCCUUGUCUUGAUUAAGGCUGCAGUCGGGUGUCUUGCCCACAGGUCAAAAACGAACAGCCUCGAUAAAGACUCUCACCCAGUCUGCCGACAAGCCGGCCCUCUCCGCGGCUAUCAUGGUUCAAUCACGAUUGGCAUCACUGGCGACGAUACGACAUUGAGUGAGGCGAACCGUCAGCAAGCAAGCACAGCACCCUUGCUUGCGCAGCUUUCCCCGCUUCAUCCUUCUCGGCCCCCCUUGCAAUCCGCUCUUCCAAAUACCAUCCUCGCGAUGGUUUCACUUGUAAUUACGUCUGCCACCGUGCCUUCAAACGACUUGGAAAUGUGCUCUACCGAAGUCGUCAUUCGCCGCAUCCCCGAAUUAUCAGAGGCAAGAUAUUUCUCUCAGGUCUUCUCGGCAUCGGGCAGCUCCACGGAGGCCGGGAUCGACAGAGCUUUGGCAGCAAAGGCCGCAGCUUUAGGAAUCUCAACGGUACCAUCACCGCAACCUCCCCGGCUCUCAUUGCCAUAUGAGCCGUCAGACCACCAGACUCCCGAUCAACAAACCAACUUUUCCAGGCGUGCGACAAGCGAUCUGGACCACUCGUUAGGGAUAGGCGUUAGCGAUAUCCCAUCCUCGCCACGUCCUCUUUCAAACGUCGCAGAUUACGCCGCCAGCACCACGCCGGCCUUGGCAAAUUCCAACUCGCAGGGCGCUCCGCUUUCAAAGAAGAGAUCAAGGAAUUUGAGCUUUUCGCAAUACGACAAGUAUCUCGCACAUGUAGACCCGAACCUCAAACAGCCAAAGUUUGUCAAGGAAUCUCCUGUGGUUCCGGAACCGGCCCCCAGUUUGUUCAGCAUUGGCAGCAGGAGGAGCCUCGUCAGUUUCAAACGUACGUUGAAAACAAAGGUGCGAUGGCGGAGAUCAGCCGUGUCACCUUUGCCCAUCUCCUGUAUAUGUUGUCGGGAUGAUUUCAACAAGAUCCAGUCACUUCAGACACUGCCAUGUGGUCAUACCUACUGCAGUUCUUGUCUCAAGAUCAUGGUGAAUCAGUCUGUAACCGACGAAUCAAAGAUGCCGCCACGUUGCUGUACCCAGCCGAUACCUGGGCAUGUCGUCAAGGCUGUACUUGACGUCGAGGAGCAGCAGACGUUUCUCAAGGCCGUCUUGCAAUUCUCGACGCCAUGGGAGGCGCGCAUCUUUUGUCCGAAUGCGGCGUGCGGCGAAUUCAUCAGGCCGCGGGCCAAGAUCGAUCCAAAACACCCAUUCGACGUUACCUGCAAGUAUUGUCGAUCCCGGGUUUGCGUCAUGUGCAAACGAGACGCUCAUCCCUUGGGACAAGACUGUCCAGCAGACUUUGAGCUCGAUGAGGUGUUGAAGAUGGGCGAGAAGUCUGGAUGGAGGCGCUGUUACAAGUGUCGCACUCUGGUAGAACUUUCCCAGGGCUGCACGCACAUGACCUGCCGGUGCAAGGCCCAGUUUUGCUACAUAUGCGGAGCUGUAUGGGAUAGCACUGUCGGUUGCCCCAACUACUGCAACGGCGAGGAAGAGCUGGAACGUAGACGGUUAGAGGAGGAGGCUCGAAUGGAAGAGCUAGAGGCCGAGAAGGAGGCACAGGAGCAAGCAGCGCUCGCCGUCGAGGCCGAUCGUCUGGUGGCACUGGAACGAACCGCCGCAAGCCCCGAGUUUGCAGAGCUGGCCGAGACCUUGGCGGCAGAAAAGGAGCGCAUCGUCACGUACGAGAACGAGGCCAAGUCGUCACUAUGGUCGAGGCACACCGACGAGCGUGUCGCUCUGAUGGAACGAUUCUCGGACCAGGUCGACAAGAUGAGGGAGCGGCACGCUAAGACCAUGCAGCACCUAGAGGACCGUCAGAUCGCGGCCGAGAUGGACUUGCGCGCCACGCUGGAGCAACGCGCUCGAAGCGUCAAGAUAAGGCUGAGGCAUAUGGAAGCUUACUGCGACGGACUGGGCAGGAGCGUCAAUCCCAAUUCCAGUCCCUCGACAACCAACAGCGGAAGCCUGGGCAGCAGACCGAGCUCGCCGAAUCCGGCCAACCACCCGAGCAUGCCGACACGAGUUGUAACAGAGCGGGAUCUGCGCGAGCUUGGGCAGCAGUACAACAUGCGUGACGACCUCGAGCGCCUUCACCAGGCACGAAUCAACGUUCUGCGCGACCGUCAGGCGAAGAACAUGGAGGACCUGCAGGAUCGUCAGAGGACCGAGAUGGAUAACCUGUUGAAUCAGCGAGACGAAGAGAUAGAGGAUCUUGAAGCUGCGUUCGCCGCCGAGGACGACGCGCUUCUGUGCGUGUUUGACGAGAGGAGGCAGCGAGCUCGUGCGAGGUGGGCACUUCGUGUCGAGAUACUGCAGAAGACCAUGGAGAACAACACGGGCUUGCGGCACGGCCCGCUACCUCUGCCCGAAUAGCCGUCGAUUUCUGGGAGCAGCCCGUUAUCCCCCAUAUCGACGUCGCUCGGGCUUCAAAACGAAG